AAAUUGAUAUUGAUCAACCACCACCAUAUGAAGUCGCUUCUUCUUCACGUACGCAACAAUCUUCCAGUAGCACCAACAACAACAACACCAAUAUAGCUCUCAAUGUUCCAGAAAGUGCAACUGUCACUUCAUCAUCGCCAUCAUCCACAUCGCCACUAUCACAACAAGAAACGUCAAUUUCGCAACAGCAAACUCUCUCAACAGAAACCAAAAAACAAAAAACAAGUUGUUUUGCUUAUUUUUGGUCUUCGUUCACUGAUCCUUAUGCAUGGAUUUGUGUCAUCUAUUUCUUAUUUAUCUCGUUUCCAAUUGGUGUUUUCGCUUUCUGUUGGAUUUUGCCGACGCUUGUAGGUGCGAUUGUCUCAAUGCUUUUUCCGCCUCUUGGAUAUUUCUUUUGUAUUGGAGUUGCAUGGUCUUGGAGGAUACUUGCGCGUAUCGAAAUAUGCGCUGUGCAAAUGUGCGUCCGUGAAAAAAUUCCCAAACACAUUAUUCCACCAAUCACCAAACCAUUACAUCCACACCAAUUGCCCACAGUAGCAGCAACUUGUCCACACCAAAAAUCAUGGCUGAAAUAUUUCACAGGAAUUUGUUUUGAUCGAUUUACUUGUCUUGCUCGUUUGUUUGGCUGGUCCGCUGAUGCUUUUCUUUAUGCCGAUUAUGCUGAUUGCAUGCCGGAUGAUGGGUGA